AUGUUUAAUUUUUGCUUGAUUGCACUGGUUAUAUGCUAUGCGUCUAGUACAGCAUACGCAGGUAGCUGUUGUUGUGGAACGGAAUGUAAAAUAACAUGUCAGGCACCCGCUUGUCCGGCACCUCCACCAUGUCCGGCACCAAUUUCUGUGGUUUGUGAACAAAAAGAAUGCCCACCUCCACCACCUCCACCUCCUUGUCCUCCACCACCACCAUGCCCAACACCAGAACCUUGUGAUCCCUGCCCUGAGUGUCCACCACCACCACCACCACCA